UUUAAUAAUAUGGAAGAAACCUAAAAUCUUUAUUGGUCAGGUUAAUAUGAUUAGAAAAAAAAGAAGGAAGGCAAAUGGAUUGCUUCUUGGGAGGGAGAAGUUUUUAUAAAAGUUGGUGGUUACUAUAAAAAGGGUUUAAAACUAGGAUUAUGGAAUGAAUUAUUUGAAGAUCAUUUCACGUAGUUUAUACACUAUAAUGAAUAGUUAGCCUCAAAUUUUUUAUACAGGAGAAUACUUGAAUGAUUUUAAAAUAGGAAAAUGGAAAUAUUUUUACAAAAACAAGAUUAUGUUUUUAAUUGAAUAAUUAUUUAGAGAUGGUGGUAUAUACGAUAAUGAAGGUAAGAAGAUUGGUAAAUGGAUCGAGUUAGAUAAAGUGUUUUACUGGAUUUCCUAUAUCAUAUACACUUCAUCUAAUGGUGAAUAUAAUAAAAAGGGUAUGAAGGUAGGUAAAUGGGACAUAUUGUUUAAUAAUUAUGGAAAUUAAUAAAUGUAAAUACUGAAAUAUUCUAAGAUGUGGGUUUUAGCGGUGGUGGAUAAUAUGAUUAAAAAGGAAGCGAGAAAAAGGUUGGAAAGUGGAUAGACUUGGAUGAAGGGUUUACAAGAUACAAACAAGUCACAUAUAAUGGAGAAUAUAAUCUGAAUGGUACAAAGGUUGGUAGAUGGUGGAUAUUGUUUAACAAGA